CACCAACAAGGUAUGAUGCCAACGACGGGCCUGGUUGGGAUUCCCUUCCUGCCACCAAGUUCACUCGGCAACAAGGGUCGAGCGGCGGGGUUUGGGAUUUACCCAACUCGGUUGGCUCCCAAGACUGUUGGCUCCCAAGACUGUUGACUCCCAAGACUGUUGGCUCCCAGACCGGUCGUGUGCGCAGUUCCAGGCCACGUACCUGCCACUCUAUUGGCCAAGUCGAGCGGUGAAAUCGGCUAGGAUUAUGAAAAGGUCUUAUUUAAGAGCGCUGACUCCCCUCCAACGACGUUGGCGUAAUGCUCGUCUUUGAACACAAUCUCACCCAAGGCCAUUUUCCCCCACCUCCUGCGGCCAUCCUUCAACCAGGCAAAGAUCCAACAUCCUCGUGCACCAGAUCCCGCAUCCAAGAUGGCCUCGACCUCGGAAACACGCAUCGCGAUGCGAGACGGCUACUACAACGAGAACUGCUUCAUCCAGAACGCCGCCGUGAAGGGCGCGCUCGACAUCCUGCCGGCAUACCCAGACAAGAAAUCCCUGACCAUUGUCGACUACGGCUGCGCCCAAGGUGCCAACUCAACGGAGCCGCUCAAGGCGGUCCUCGCGUCACUGCCCGCCGGCGCCACCGCGAGCCUCGUGUUCGAAGACACGCCCUUUAACGACUUCAGCACGCUCGCCAAGACUAUCAGCGCGAGCCUGCCGACGCUUGCGCCCGCGGAGCGCAACAUCACCGCGCACGCCAGCAUGGUGCCCGUGGGCUUCUUCCAGCAGGUCGUUCCCACAGCAUCCGUCGACCUGGGCGUGUCGUGGUCGUCGUUCAACUACCUGUCGCACCAGCCCACCGUGGCGCUGCCGGCGACAGCCGCGCCCGCCGAGUUCGCCGCGGCGCGCCAGGCCGCCUUCGCCAGCGCCGCGCACGCGGACCUAGUACACCUCCUACAGCUGCGCGCGGCCGAGAUCCGGUCGGGCGGGCACCUAGUGGUGGCGCUAGGCGGGACGGCGCCCGAGGGCGACGGUGAGACAGACAUGCCGCCGUCGACGACGGGCUUCAUGCCGCUGCAGACGGCGCUGAUGCGCAUGGUCGGCGGCGGGCAGCUGGCGCUGGGCGAGCUGAUGCAGUUCGCGCUGUUCCCGAGCCACGAGCGGUCGCCGGGCGAGGCGCGCGCCGCGCUCGCCGACCCGGCCGUCGCCGCCCUGUGGCGCGUCGAUUCCCUGCAGCCGCGCCUCGUCGUGCACCCGGCCUGGGAGCCGUACCAGGCGGCGCUGGGGAGGGCGGAGGCGGGGCAGGAUGAGGCGGGGAGAAAGGAGGCGGUGCGCGCGUACGCCGAGGCCGUAGUGGUCAAUCUCGUCGCGGCGUCGGGCUGGUUCUGGGCCGACACGCUGCGCAAGUGCCGCGGGCCCGAGUGGCAUGGCGAGAACGCUUUUCUGGAAGAGUUCACGCGCGUUGCGAUUGAUGAGUGUGUCGAGAAGUUCGCCGACAUGAAGGUGCAGAUCUGGUACACGUACAUCCGGCUGGAGCGGCGGGGGGCGUGAGCCGUGUGAGUGAAGCUUCUGUGGCCUAUGUACAGAGAAUUACUGCCGUAUAUUUCCUAAAAUGUCAAGAAUGAGCCCGGAGUAUGAUAAUGGUAAAUAGUGGUGACAUCGGUCGGACCAACAAUUGCGUAUUAGGAAGCUAGGUGCGAUCUAAUUAGGACCUUGACCAUUCAAGCUUGAUUACCUAGAAUACAUUCACAACUAUCACAUCGUAUACGACCACAGGCGCCGGAAAACUUUUGAGUUCGUCCGAUCCCCACAAGGUAAAUAUGCGAGGGUGCAGCAAUGCAGAAAGAUGAUGAAUGGCUUAAGGAGCCUAACGCUAUCUGUCCGUGGGCGGGAAAUCUAUGUGGUGCUGAUAGGGUGGAUACGCAGGGGCCAACUGGUGGACCCAGCUGGGCCAGGCUUGGCCUAUGCCUAGCACAGUAA